GAGAAGCUGCGGCCGUCUGGGUAUCGAGCGGGCGCGCUCACGCGGGGCCUGAGGGAGCCAAGACCCGGGAGGGUGUGGAAAGGGACUGCUGGCUCCGCCCUCAGUCCCUACCCUUUGUAGGCCGGUGUUUUCCCUUCUGAGAAACGCCCGUCCGCCCCGGCCUUCACCUGGAGUUUCUUCAGGUUCCAGGUUUCCCUGCCAACCACGAGGAGUCCAGGGAGGAAAAGCAGAGCAUAGGCGCCUAUAACCCACGCCUCCCACGCCUUUUCCAGCCCGAGAUCGCCCAGGCAGGGAUGGGCGACAAGAUCUGGCUGCCCUUCCCGGUGGUCCUCUUGGCCUCUCAGCUGCUGCCUGGGGCGGCCGGCUUCACGCCCUCCUUAGACAGCGACUUCACUUUCACUCUUCCGGCCGGCCAGAAGGAGUGUUUCUACCAGCCCAUGCCCCUGAAGGCCUCGCUGGAGAUCGAGUACCAAGUUUUAGAUGGAGCAGGAUUAGAUAUUGAUUUCCAUCUUGCCUCUCCAAAAGGAAGAACCUUAGUUUUUGAACAAAGAAAAUCAGAUGGAGUUCACACGAUAGAGACUGAAGGUGGUGACUACAUGUUCUGCUUUGAUAAUACAUUCAGCACCAUUUCUGAGAAGGUGAUUUUCUUUGAAUUAAUCCUGGAUAAUAUGGGAGAACAGGAGCAAGAACAAGAGGACUGGAAGAAAUACAUUACUGGCACAGAUAUGUUGGAUAUGAAAUUGGAAGACAUUCUGGAGUCCAUCAACAGUAUCAAGUCCAGACUAAGCAAAAGUGGUCAUAUCCAAACUCUGCUUAGAGCAUUUGAAGCUCGUGAUCGAAACAUACAAGAAAGCAACUUUGAUAGAGUAAAUUUCUGGUCUAUGGUUAAUUUAGUGGUAAUGGUGGUAGUGUCAGCCAUUCAAGUAUAUAUGCUUAAGAGUCUAUUUGAAGAUAAGAGGAAAAGUAGAACUUAAAACUCCAAAGUAGAGUACUUAACAUUCAAAAAAAGGGGCAGAAAAAUGCAAUAAACUGUUACAGUCAAGACCAUUAAUAGUUGCUUGCAAAACGUUUUCAGGCAUUACCAUAAGUGUGAAAUAAAUAUUAAUUUUAACGUGAAAGGAAAGGCUUCACUUUCAUCUGUGCAAGUAAUCUUAUUGUUCCAGUUGUACUUAAGUGUAUAACAAGUAUUUUGCAGGUAUAAAUGAAUGAAGCCAUAUUAAUAACGGCAGUUUCCUACAUUUGAAAAAAUUUUGCAAAUGUCAUAGGUGAUUUAAAUAAAUGAACUUUGGGCCUAAAUGUAACACUGAACUAUGUUUUUAAAAGAUUGUUACCCAGAAGUUUCUUUGUAAAUGUGGCAAUUACAAAUUAACUGUAGAAGUUUUUCAAUAUAUUAAGUUAUAAAUCAUCUGAGAAUUACCUAAUCAUGGAUAUCUUUAGAAGACAAAGACUCAACUUUUCUCUUUUUACAUAUGUAUCUCCUAAAUGUAAAUAGAAACAUAGCUGUGAAAAACAGAUAUGUGGGAUUUUUAUAACCAAAUAUAUUUCAUUUUAAUAGCAAAUAGUUUUAUAUACCUAGCUUACAUUCCCAAAAGCUGACAUUUUGAAUAAUUCUUAAAAAUGCUAAGUCAUACUUAUUAAAAUUAGGACAGAUUUUCUCUUUGAAGAAUAAAGAUUGCUCCCAGUCUCUAUAGGAAUACAUUCUGUCUAAUCCUUAACCAAAAUAUAGAUUUUAAAAUUAAAUGUGAGGGAAAAUCAUUUUAUUUUUAUAUUAUCAACAGUGUUAUGUUAGUUUUAACGUGUUUACUGACUUGGAUAAUACAUUAAUACCAGCAGUUGUGAAGGAAAUAUUGCUAAAAGGAUCUGGACCUAAUGUAAGUAAAUAUCACUUUUGUGUUCUCAAAAUCAGUAAGAAAAGAAUAAACUCAAUAUAAAAGAAUUUAGAGAAUAUCCUUUCAAAAUAAAUUUCACUUAAACUAUAAAUAAAGUAUUUGGAAUCUGAUUGGCUCAUAAUGACUCAAUCCUAGUAUAAAUUAUGAGAUUAAUUUCCAGUUAACUGGAAGAAACUGGGUUUUAUUUUUUUACAAUUGUUUUAUUCUGUUUUGAAUUAUCAUUUAUAAGUAUUCAGGUACAUUUUACAAAACAUAAGCCCUACUGGGUAUAAAUUUUAUUUUUAUUACAACUUUAUUACAACUUUCAUAAAGUGACCUUUCUGAUCACUUUAUUUGACAUUCAGAUAAGGAUUAGAAACCCACAGAAGUUUAAAAACUCAAUAUGUGAAUAACCCUAUAGUCUCUGCCAUCCUGUCUUACUCAAGUACUAAUAAUUUAAUGAAUUAAAUAGAAUUUUUAGGUUAUACCCGUUUGUAAUAUUGUUUAUGACAUAUACAAGUUAGAAACAAUCAACUUAUAAACUUGAGUGUAGAACAACCUCUGUGGGUUAGUACUGCUGGAAUUCUUAAUAAGCAAUAAUGAUAUCCAGAGAGAAUGCUUUCAUCUAUAAUUUACACUCAAGAGUGGUACAAAAAGAGAUAUUUCCCUCCUUCUUAUAUAUUUCCCUCUAUUCUUCAGAAAAGAAGUUUAGAUUUCCCAACUCUGAAGCUUUUUAAAAAUGAGAUAAGGUAUUAUUACCUUAAUUGGUCAAGAAAAUGCUCCUAAGUGUCCAGGAGUAGCCCCUAUAACACAUGCAAAACAAGGGCCAAUAAGAUUUUUGCCUAUGAAGAGCCCUCCUUUUUCCCCUUCUGAUACACUCAUAAUAAGAAGCAAACUUAAAGUACUAUAGCUAAUAAAACAGUACAGAUAUAAACUACUGCAUCUUUUCUAUAAAACUGUGAUUAAGAAUUCUACCUCUUACGUAUAGCUGGUUACUGUACUGUACUGAUUCUUUACCUAACAAUAAAUUUGUUACAUCACCUUCUACAUAUGAUUUGUGUCACUGAUUUUAAACCAUUGAUUCAGUAACUUACUGUAUAAUAAUGGCCUUAUUUAGAAAACAAAGAAUUUAAGAAUAUUGAGGACAAUUUUAUUUUUAUAGACAAAGUGAAAAGAAGAGGUUAUUUAAGAAGCAUGUUACCUGUAUUAACCAAAAAGUAAAAUCUGUAAGCACAUUUGUACUAAAUUCUUUAAUAUUUCUAAAGGAAUAUUGUUUAUCUGCCUCAUAUGGUUUUUUUAAUGUCAGUAUUGUUUUGACAUUAAAAUUAUGCUAAAACUGAGUAAGCUAUUUAUCACUUAACAGCUUAUUUUGUCUUCAGUUUUUAAUCAUAUAAACUUUUAAAAUACUACAAUAUUUAACUGAGGCCUAGAGUUUCACUAUGAUUUGCAUUUGGAUUAUUAAUGAUUGCUAUUCUUUCAUGUGAAUGUCAAGAUAUAGAGGAUAAGUGGUUGAAAUAGCACUGAAAUGAUAAACUGAAAUGUAAUUUUAUGCUAUGUAUGUUUAUCCUUCUUAAGCAUUAUUAUGUCCUAAAAUUGACAAUAAUUGAGUACCUAUAAUUCUGUGCCUUCCCAAAGAAAAUUCUUUAUCUGAAAAUUUCAAAGAUAUUGGUUCAGCAUGUAAUGGUUUUUCAAUUGAAGUGUAAUAAUGCACAAUCAGUGUUGCUCAAAUUGCUUUAUAAUUAUGAACAGACACAGCCGUAUUAAAUAAGCAUUGAAUACUGUGCUGAGUAUAUAUAAUAAAAAUUACAAUCAAAGAAUGUCU